AAUUUCAUGUGCUGCCUGUUUUUUAUAUUUAGAGAGAGAUUUCCCGAAUUAAGCGAGGAAGCAGUAUAAAAUCGUGAUACCGAAACUGACAACAUUUUCAGGCAUUUUUUUAAUUUUUAUAAAAAAAAUAAUGAUACCAACUCCCGAUUUAUCUCACUUGAAAAAGCAAGACUAUGAAAGAGUGUAUGAACCUGCAGAAGAUACAUUUUUAUUAUUAGACGCUCUUGAACAGGACGAGAAGCUGAUCUUGCAAAUGAAACCUAGAUUCUGUUUAGAGAUUGGAUCAGGUUCUGGUUGUGUUACUACUCUACUUGCUAAAAUAGUAGGCGAUACGAAUGCAGUCUUUUUCACAACGGAUAUCAAUUCAUAUGCAUGCAAAAUAACACGAGAAACAGCAGUAUGCAACAAGGUUAAAUCAGUUGAACCUAUUAAUACCUCGCUUGUUCAAGGACUGUUACCACGAUUCAAGAAUAGUAUAGACAUUCUCUGCUUCAACCCUCCUUAUGUCGUGACGACGCAUGAAGAGGUGGGGAGUAUAGGCAUUGAAGCUGCUUGGGCCGGAGGAAUUGAUGGGCGAGAAGUCAUUGAUGAAUUACUGCCCUUGGUUAAAGACUUAUUGUCGCCUCAAGGCGUAUUUUAUUUACUGCUAAUCAACGAAAAUAAGCCUAAUGACGUAGUAGAGAUCAUGAGAAAUACAUACAAGAUGAAUGCAGAUAUCAUAUUACAACGUCGUGCUGGUCGAGAAAAACAAUACAUUUUGAAAAUUCAGCAUUCAUUUAUUGGAUAGUGGAAGUAGUGCUGCUGAUAAUCACAUUAUAGACUGACCUAAGCAUAA